UUCCUCUGCCUGAAGAACAUCCGCACUUUCCUCAAAGUCUGCCACGACAAGUUCGGCCUCCGGAACAGCGAGCUCUUCGACCCCUUCGACCUCUUUGACGUCAGAGACUUCGGAAAAGUCAUCUCAGCGGUUUCCAGACUUUCUCACCACAGCAUUGCUCAGAACAAGGGCAUCAGGCCCUUCCCUUCAGAGGAGACCACUGAAAAUGAGGAUGAUGUCUACCGCAGCUUGGAGGAACUGGCAGAUGAGCAUGAUUUGGGAGAGGACAUUUACGAUUGUGUCCCGUGUGAAGAUGAAGGAGACGACAUCUAUGAAGACAUCAUCAAAGUGGAGGUGCAGCAGCCCAUGAUCAGGUAUAUGCAGAAAAUGGGCAUGACAGAAGAUGACAAGAGGAACUGCUGCUUGUUAGAAAUCCAAGAAACAGAAGCCAAGUACUACAAGACACUGGAAGAGAUCGAGAAGGUGAGUGAGGGGCUCUUGAGAAAGGUCAGCCAGCGUCAACUGCUCUUUCUUUGGAGGGAAGACUCCAGCAUGCGUCCAGGUUUUUCUUGUUUAAGUGUGAAGUCUUACACUUAGGCAAGAAAAAUCAAAAGGACACAUGUAGACUCGGGGGAAACCAGGCGUAAUAUCAGUGACUGUGAGAAGGAUCUUGAAUUCUUAUUGGACAACCAGCUAAAUAGG